UAUGUUACGUGCAUACGUCAACCGGUGAAUAGAAACUCAAACUUCCUUACUUAUUUAACUACACAUUUUGCUAAUGUUUUAGUUCUUAGAGUCAGCUGUAUUUGUCUGACAAUUCAAUUUAGAGCUCUGACAAAUUAGCAAUUCACACUUUUCUACAAAUACAAUUUUUGUGAGUAAAUGAAUUUAUUUUGAGGUGUGAUGAGAUCAUCAUCACAUUCAUCACUGUUACUUGCACGUAAUACAAGUUUAACACACACACGAGAAGGUACAUGUACAUACUCGUACAAAUAUUAGUAAGGUAAAACUCGGAACCAAGUGAAUUGCAACAAGAGAUUAGAUAAUAACUGCCAUAGCCAUUUGUGACAGUUUAUAUUAUGAGUAAGACCUUGGUGGUAUGAAUGGAAUAAUAAUUAUAUGGCUUGCAGUAAGUAUUAGUCAACGUCAGAUAUUGAACAAACACUUGAAAUUAUUAUCAACCCAACAUUUACAUUAUUGCACGGUUAGAAAUCAGCCAUUUUAGACCAGUUGAAAUACUAAAUAACAAUUUAACAAAGACAAAGCAAUAACUAUAAAUUCUACUUUUUUGGGGGGCACAAGUGGAAAAAGAACAAACGGCGUAUUAUAAUAUGCCAGUGAUAAAAUUUUAAUUAUUAUUAAAUCAAGUGCCAUAGUUUCCACAUAGUUCUUGUGAUAUUAAAGUUCCUGAUAAAAACAUGAGCAUCCUCGAGUUUAGACUAAACUACAACAAGCACGGAAUGUGCUGUUGCAACACGACUCAAACUGAAGCCUUCAUUGUGAUCGGUGCCACGGCGUUAAUAACAGGAGUGCUGUGGAGGUCUGCAGUACUUGCACCCAUAAAAUUGGUAAAACAACAUAAAAUAAAAGUGGCUGUUUUCCUUCAUGAGCUGUCGCAUGCGUUAGCAACAUGGGCGACAUGUGGAAAAGUAACUGCCAUUGAGGUAAACGAAAAUUUUGGGGGUGUGACAAUCAGUCGAGGUGGAACCCGAUGGUUUUCACUCUCUGCAGGUUAUAUCGGCUCCGUGAUAUGGGGAAGUUUCUUCAUAUUAAUGACGUGGGACCGUUUGCCAACAAAAAUUGCUGCCGGAGUUUUUAUCGUUGCUUGUAUUGUGACUGCUUUUGUUCUUCAUGUUCAACAAGCCAAACUCUGCGGAAUGAAGUGUUGUUUUGGAAUGGCGAUGAGAUUUCUUGUGAUCGCUGUGGGUGCGAUACCUGCCGCACUUUGGGUACUGGAGGAGUACGUUGACAUGAAAAUACAACCACUUCGAUGGGCGAUUCUUGCGAUUGGAACUAUUUGUACCCUUCACGCCUUAUACGAUUGCAUUCACGAUGUCCUCUGCAAAAGCAUCAAUAAUUCUAGUCAAGGAAAAUCUGAUGCUGUCAUGUUUGCAGAAGAGUUUUGUGGGACGCCUAGGUGUUGGGGGCUUCUGUGGAGUAUGCUUGCAAUUCUUGCAGCAGCAGCAGCUUUGUACGGGGUCACAGUGCUCAGUGGCGAUUGUUAGAAAUUAGUGAGAAAUAUAAAGUCCAAAUAUAAAUUAAUAUAUUAGUCACUUAAAAUCAUUGUUUUUCUUGCUAUUUAAAUUAAGAAAUUCAUUCUCAAUUUAAGACUUGUCACAACAUGUUUAUGGUUUAAUUUCUAUUUGCCAAAUUGUAUUAUGCAUGUUAACUAUUGUACUAAAUUAAUACGGUAAACAUAUUUAUUUACAACUCACUCAAUAAAUAUUUCUCUUUACCGGGAGUGGGGACCGAUUUGUGUUUAGCUAUUUACACACCGUCGCCAGGAUGAUUUUAUAACAGGAGUCGCAGUUUUUGCUAACGAAGGAAAUAUUUUGUACUAAUAUUUGCCAGUCAACUAAACCAAGAAAUAAAAUAAAGAAAUGGAAAGCAUAAAUGACAAAA